AUGGCCUUCCAAGGGUACUACGACUACAAACAUCCCGCGGCCUUCAACAACGACGCCAUUACGGAUGCAAACAUGUCGGUCCUUUGUCCGACACAAGUCGCUCCUGUAUGUGUCCAUGGGAACACGCAUCUAAGCCCCAGCUGCGGUGCCGGCUUCCAUUCAAUCAUCACAAACCUAUCCGAGGGUAGGUCGCUGGAAACGGCGAUCAAUGUCGACGAUGAGGCAGAUACCAGAAGCCGUGAGGCCGACUGGUCGUGCUCCCGUGCGACGUCUUGCACCCUCGAUGAUAGUGCCAUGCCCGAAAUCUAUACUCCGAGAGAGCGAUCUCCUGGCCCCUCUUGUGAGGCAGCGAGUUAUGCGAGGUCAUACAUUGAUGACGCCGCUGCGGAACUCAGCAAGUGCCAAACUGAGCUCCAAGAGUCCAAAGACACAGUCAAGCGCCUGCAAGAGACGGUGGCCGAUUUCCAAACACACUUCCAGGCCAUAGAGGCGCAGCUCGACAAAGUUUGGAGUUUAUUGCUGGACAACGGAUCGACUGUUAAUAAGGCGGCCCUGGAAAAGAAGCUGCAAUCGGUCCACGAGAUAGUGGAUACGUUCUGGAAACAUGAGCGAGCCUUCCGUGUAGAUCAGGGUUAG